AUUCUUUGCAGCUGAUGAUCACAUUCAGAUCAAGUUCCAGCGGGAGACCAAGUGCAGAGACGCGACCGUCUCACGUCACCAUUGACAUGAGCUGCGGCCUCUCUGGCCUACACUGGGACAGUCUGCUUAUUAUAUACCACACUGGGUGGAUACAUACGUACAUAUGUACCUGUAAUCUCUGGUCUUACCUGUCUUGUUCACUUCUCUAUACUUAGAAAUGAUGAGAACCUGUGUACUUAUGAGUUCUUGUGGAGCACACCUUACGCCUGCCACGUGGAGGACACGAUUCAGAAAUGGACAAAGUGUGAAGAUCAGCUGAAGUCAAAUGAAUAUGAUGGACUCGUUUUUCUACCAAACAAACUAAAGAGCUCUGACGGGAUGUUGGUAGUGGAGGGAGACUCAGCUCAGAGGACGUUCCACGUCAGUCUGUGUGGCGGCAACUCCCACUGUCCUCACGGCUCCUCCGUCUGCUACACCGACAGCUCCGGACUCACCACCAAUGUCGCUACCUCCUCUCUCCAGACCAUCAUGACUCAAGGAACGUCGAUGUGGAUUCAGAUGAACUCAACUGACGGUUUCUCUCACGCUAUUGUCAAUGUGGAGUGUGUGGACGACAGUGCUGACGUCAGCAGAGCUGAAACUAUGGAGUUUGUGAAAGUCACUACGUCGACCGCUGGCAGUGAGAGGCACACAUUCUAUCACUUCAACAUGUGGACCAAGAAAGGCUGCUCCUUCUCUACACCAACCACAGCACCGUACACUCCCACCAAUCAUCACAAGAGUACAGAUAAUGGCGGAGACCACAGUGGUGGCAGUGGUUCGUCUGGCUCUGGUGGUACCUCAUCGACCGUUGUGGCUCUGUUGGUCACACUAGUGGUACUGAUGGUAGCCGCCAUCUUUCUUGGCUUUAUCUUCUACAAGAAAGAGAGACGGGAUAGAUUUAUUAACUUGUUCAAGAACAAGUCAUCUGAACCGGUCAAGUAUGAAAAGUUACCAAUGACUCUUACCGAGGAGACAUCUCUACUGGAGGAGGGGAGGGAGGGAAGAGAAGACCCCGUGACCAAGACGAAGAACUCCUUAAUUUAUAGUGGUACUUAGUGUCUCACAACUGUACACAUCCUUCACUGCCAUUGUUUUAACUAUCCUUGAUCCAGUAUUGCUUUUUGCUGGAACAAUUCAGCACAAUUUGCCAAGUCAGCAACAACACGUUGGCUAGUGUAUGUCCGCUGUUGUAUUGUGGUACUUUGAUGACUAGCUACGCUUGAUUAUGUCAACAA